CUAUAAAGACAAAACAACCAGACGAAGAGGAAGAUACAACGAGGCAUAUCAUUAAAUAAAAGGUUUAAACAACAAUUAGAAGUAUAACCAUGAGCCACUCUACAUUUCGCACCUCUUAUCACCGCACUUUCGGGACGCCUGUCUAUAGCCCUGUGUCCAGUCGCAUAGGGGGCCGCUACAUCUCCUCCUCUGUUCCCACUCGCUCUGUGGACUUCAGGAGCCGCUCCAGUGCUCCGGCCCCCCGUCUCUCUUAUGAUAAAGUGGACUUCUCACUGGCAGGGGCCAUCAACCAGGAGUUCCUUGCCACACGCAGCAAUGAGAAAAGGGAACUACAGGAACUCAAUGACCGCUUUGCCAGCUUCAUAGAGAAGGUCCGGUAUUUAGAGCAGCAGAACUCAAAGCUGACUCUGGAGCUGGGUCAGUACAAGGACCAGCAGCAAGGGCCAUCAGGCCGCAUCAAUGAGCUGUGCCAGCAGGAGAUGAGAGAGAUGCGCAGACAGCUGGAACUGAUGGGCAAAGAUCGAGACCAGAUGCAGCUGGAGAGAGACAACCUGGCCGAAGAUGUGGCCCUGCUGAAGCAGAGGUUAAACGAGGAGAUGCAGAAAAGACAGGAAGCUGAGAAUAAUUUGACUCUCUUUCGUAAGGACGUGGAUGAUGCUACACUUGCUCGUCUGGAACUGGAGAGAAAGAUUGAGUCUCUGAUGGAUGAGAUUGAGUUCCUCAAGAAGAUGCAUGAUGAGGAAAUUCAGGAUGUACAGGUGAGUGUUCAGAGUCAGCAGAUGAAGAUGGAGGUGAUGGAGACGUCCAGCCGGCCUGAUCUGACAGCAGCACUUCGAGACAUUAGAGCUCAGUAUGAGAGCAUCGCCACCAAAAACAUGCAGGAAUCUGAGGAGUGGUACAAGUCCAAGUUUGCUGACCUGACUGAUUCGGCUAAGCGCAAUGCUGAGGCCAUGAGACAGGCUAAGCAAGAGAACAAUGACCUGAGGAGACAAAUUCAAGCCCAGAACUGUGAUAUCGAUGCUCUCAAGAGCACUAAUGAGGCUCUGCUGAGGCAGAUGAGAGAAAUGGAAGAGCAGUUUGCUACAGAGGCCGGAAACUAUCAAGAUACUGUGUCCCGUCUGGAAGACGAGAUACGGCACCUGAAGGAGGAGAUGUCACGCCACCUGCGGGAAUACCAGGAUCUGCUCAACGUUAAGAUGGCCCUAGAUAUUGAGAUUGUGGUGAAAGAAUCUACAAAAGAAAAGAGCAGAGAUGAGAAAAAAGAUUCAUAUGGUCAAGGAGAAUCUGACAAAGAUUAGAGCGUGCAGAUAAAUGAAUGCUUGAUCAGUUAUGUGUUGCGGUUUUAAAGGUAAAAUGGUAAAAUUUAGGCACACGUGCUGUUUAGGAUGAUGCUUGUAGUGUAGUGAAUAAUCAUGUGACUCAGUAUUGUGUAUAAUAUGGUGCUAUUACUAUAUGUGAGCAUAACAUGACAAUGCCUUAACUAAUAAAUCAUGUAUGCAGACCUAAUAAAGUCACUAACAAGAUGCCCAACAAACAAUCACUUACAGAUAACAAAAACAAUAUUUCAGAAGUUCACGUCAAUAUAAUCUUCAAAUAAAUGU